AUGUUAAAAAUACUCCUGAUUUUCAAUCUAUUUCAUCUCAUCAUCGGUGCAUCGGAUAUCAUACUUGAACCGAUCAAACAAGGAACAAGUCCGUUAGCAUUCAUUUUUCUUCAUGGCGCGGAGUUACCACCGGAACGUUAUGUUCCACUAUUAAAACAAGUGCAGACAACAUCAAGCGAUAAACUUUGGAUCGCUAUUCCAUCGUUUCCAGACAAUAUGCCACUUGAAAUCUUACGUCCAAAAGUAAUUGAUGAAAUGCUACAAAAAUUAUAUCGUUCUGGUAUGCCAGAGCAUACACUCGUGUUUCUCGGUGGUCAUAGUUUAGGUAGUAUCACAUCUCAGAGUUUAGCAGUAAAGUAUCAAGAGAAAAUCUACGGACAAAUUCUCACUGGUGCAUUUCUCGAACGUAAAUAUGAAUUGGCCACGACUGUUUAUCCCGUUUCAACAUUGAUACUCUCCGGUGAACUCGAUGGUUUAGCACGCGUGACACGUGUUAUCGAAUCAUUUCAUUUCUUCUCAUCAUAUCCUCAUUUUGCAUUGAUUAUUCCUGGAAUGAACCACAUGAACACUGCAUCGGGCCAACCGUCCAGUCAUAUUAUCAAAAACGAUAUUGAAUCAGAAAUCAAUGAAACUGUCGCUCAUCAAGAAUUAGCUCUUCGAAUAUGUGACUAUAUGAGCAUGCGUUUGAAUAAUCAAACGAUAACACCGAUGUUAGAAGAGAAUUUAAAACAAACGAAAUUCUUUGCUCAACCUUUUCUUGAUGCAUUGAAACUGGAAGGAUUUUAUCAUUUUCUUCCACCGUGUUACAACCGAACCAAUGAAAAUUGUCAAAUCGGUUGUCCUUGGAGUACUUACGCACAAAAUAUCAUGAGCGGACUCAAUAAUACUGUUCAAUUAAAUGUUUCCGAUGAAUUCCACAUUGUUUAUAAAAUACCUGAGCAUUUUCCGCAUCUUGACAACAAUUGUUCAUCGUUAAAACCAUUAAAUAAUUGUGUAUUGAAUGUUCACACUGUAACACAAAAUGUCUAUGAUUUUACCGAUCAAUUUGAUACGGGAGAAACACACACAUCUGCCGAAGAAAUGCGUGUAAAGAUGAUCUCUCGACAAGUACUGCUUCAAGCUGCUGAUGGAAAACAACACGAUUUCAAUCAAACAGAUAAUCAAUCUUUGUGUGGUUUGAUCAAUCAACACGCGCUUGAUUGGGCUCUAGAAAAUGUUGCGAAUAAAACGAAAGAAAGAUACGAGAAAAAAGGAAAGAAAAUGUUCAUUGGUGAUGAUAUUGGUCCGCUCAAUGCGGGUCCAUUAUGGAUUUGGACACCAUUGAAAUACGAUCUAGGCACAGAUAGCAAAGGUAGACCAAUUGUAACCAUACGCUCGCCUACACUUCGUCUACCAGAUAAUUAUCCUGUGUCAGCCGUCGCUGGUUUUCAUUACUGCAAAUUAUUAAGUCCAGCUCGAGCCGUUGAAUGGAUCUACGUCGAUAGUACUUCAUCUUGUUUCGUUUGCAUUUUAGCUUUCUUAAACAUGGACGAAAAACAUGAUCAAACCGUGGCAAUGCUCAACGAUGAGACUCAUACGCCAAGAACGAGAACUGACGAUCAUCCAGCACCGUUAAGAAAAUGCUGUACUAGUGUUCUUGGUGCUUUGCGAAAUAAUCUACUUCUGACAUUAACGAUAGCCGGUGUAUUUUUGGGUUUCAUACUUGGUUUCACUGUUCGUUCUUAUAAUCCGUCUACCGAAACGAUCAUGAUUCUCUCGUUUCCCGGUGACAUUCUAAUGCGCAUGCUCAAAAUGCUCAUUCUACCAUUGAUUACAUCCAGUCUUAUCACUGGCUUAGCUGUACUUGAUCCGAAAUCGAGUGGUAAAUUAGGUUUAUAUGCACUAACAUAUUACUUUUGUACGACAAUACUUGCUGCUAUACUUGGUAUUGUUUUGGUACAAGUUAUCCGGCCAGGCGAAAGAAAUACUAAGGUUAGUCUCCCAUCAUAUGCACCCGUGGCCGAAGGCGAUCAAGUUACAACGCUCGAUGCUAUAUUCGAUUUAUUUCGGAAUAUGUUCGCGGAAAACAUUAUUCAAGCAACGCUUGAACAAGUUAAAACAACAAGAAUACAUACUAACAUUACCAACGAAGUAACAGGCGAUAUUACCGUCAAAACGAAAUUCGAAACACGCUAUGUUGCGGGUGCCAAUUUCUUGGGUUUGAUUACGUUUUGUUGUGCUUUUGGUAUCACAAUUGGAACAAUGGGCAAACGCGGAGAACCGAUGUUGCAUUUUUUUCUCAUAUUAAAUGAAAUCGUCAUGAAAUUAAUUAAACUUGUCAUGUGGUACUCACCCGUUGGUAUCAUGUUCUUAGUCGCGGGAAAAAUUUUAGAAAUCGAAGAUUUAAUUAAAUUAGCUCAAAGUCUUGGCAUGUACGCUUUAACUGUCCUAACAGGUUUAGCUAUACAUUCAUUGAUUACACUACCAUUGAUCUACUAUGCGGUUACGAGAAAAAAUCCAUUUGCAUUCUAUGCAGGCAUGCUUCAAGCCUGGCUAACUGGUAUUGGUACAGGUUCGAGUGCGGCGUCAUUACCUGUAACAUUUCGAUGUUUGGAAGAAACAUUAAAAUUAGACAGGCGCGUAACACGAUUCGUUUUGCCUAUUGGAGCAACAGUUAAUAUGGAUGGUACGGCUUUGUAUGAAGCUGUAGCACCCGUUUUUCUUGCCCAAUUGAUUGGUAGACAAUUGGGUAUUGGUCAAUUGAUUAUUGUCAGUUUAACAGCAACAGUUGCGUCAGUUGGAGCUGCUUCAAUUCCGUCAGCCGGUCUGGUAACCAUGUUGUUAGUUAUGUCAGCUGUGAAUAUACCUGCAAAAGAAAUAACAAUUAUUUUUGCUAUCGAUUGGGCAUUAGAUCGAAUUCGUACAUCCGUUAAUAUUUUGGGCGAUGGUAUUGGCGCUGGUGUUGUUGAUCAUCUCGUUCGUUCUGAACUAGGACCUACUGAUCUGGAAGAAGGCGAAAGUACCAAUGCACCUAUUAAAGCUCGAACAGCCUCGGAAUUGAGUGGUGAACGGCGACUACACAGUCGCGAUGAUUUUCAUGAAACGUCGAAACUUUAA